AUGACGGUCACAGCUGGUCUCAUCUAUCUCUCUGCAGCUCUGCUCAGUAUCACAGGUACUCUAUGAACAGUCAUUAAGUACGAUAUAUUCUGAGAUGUUUAUCGAUCUGUGAGAUGAUGAGGGAUUUUUACCUUCCACAGGUGUAAUCCAUGGAGGUGACGUCGAUCAGGACCUCCAGAUUUGGGGGAAAGAGGGUCAAAAUGCUACGAUGGCCUGCAGUCACAAAAAAGAUGCAACUUAUUACCAGAUGUACUGGUUCAGACAGCUGCCAGGGAAGAGGAUGGAGCAGAUAGUCUUCACAACCACAUCUCCACCGCACCAGUAUUUCCCCAGCUUCAGUGAGGACAAAUUUCCUGCAGAGAGACAGUCCGUUCAGAACGGCUCUCUGACGGUGGUGAAGCUGCUGCCUGCAGACGGGGGAGUGUAUUAUUGUGCUGUAAGCCAACACAGUGAUACAAGUGGUUCAGGCAGAUGCACAAAUACCCCACUAAUGAAAAACAGACAUCAGAGAUUUAGUGAAACCUGAAGGGGGCGCUCCAAACCUGUAUGCAAGGUUGAAGAGUGUGUGUCCUCUUAUCAUACACUUAUUUUCAAUUUGAACCCAGUAACAAAAGGUCAUUUUCACCACCGAGUAACAUCCACUCUUCUUCAGAAAAAAGGUGUAAAUGUUCCGGGACUGAGAAGACAAAGUUCCUGAGUGUUAAAUGAAAUAUGAAGGUCUUCUCUGAAAAAGUCGUUGUCUGGAUAGCUUCUAAAAUAUUGCAGAGGAUAUCAGGAAGUGAUAGAGGACUACAGCAGUGAAGACAUGAUGGUUCUGAUGCUGAAACAGGAGGAUGUUGUUCUUUGGCACCACCCACCUCAGUUUACUGAAACGAGGUCUUACUGAGGAGGAGUGAAGAAAUCACAGAUGAACCAACAUCUUAAAAACCGCUCUGACAGAAGAGAGUGACUUCAGGAUGAUCUGUGUCUGCUGCUUCGCUUUGAGUCUCUUACUGUUUUCAGGUCUUAACAUGUUUUUUACUGUCAAAGAGGUUCAGGAGAUAAAAAUGAUCAUGUUAAACUUCUGUCAGAUCUUUAUAAGUCAGUCUGAUCUUCUCCACAGGUUCCUCUGUGAGUGUCAAAGUCACUCAGACUCCAGCAGAUCUGUUCUACACACCAGGAGACACGGCCAGAAUCAACUGUUCUCAUGAUGAGAGUAAAUACGAUCAAAUCCUCUGGUAUAAGAAGACAAACGGCACACAGAUGCAGUUACUGGGAUAUAUGUAUUAUACAAAAGGAUAUCCAGAGGACAAAGUGAAUGUGACCUUUGAAGGUGGAGCGAGCAAAGACCAGAACUGCACAUUAAUCAUUGAAAAAGUCGACCUGAGCAGCAGUGCGGUGUAUUUCUGUGCUGCGAGUUUACACGGUGCUCUACAUCACUGCUCAUCAGUACAAAAACCUCCUCUUCAUUACAGCCCACAGACUCCUGCACCUGGAUCUCUGACUCCUCCCCUCUCAGCUGAUCCUACAUCAGUUCAGUCUGCCCGUGAACGCAGACACAGAGAGACAGAUCAGGACAUCAUGAUCAGGAUCCUUCUGCUGCUUCUCUGCUUCUGUAGGUUUGAACUCAAACUCUUUGAUAAAAAUCCUUCAGUGUCACGCUAAUGUCACACCGCUGUCUUUUCUCUCUGUGUGCAGGUCAGUCACUGAGCUAUGAAGUCCAUCAACAUCCUCCGUCAAUCUUGGGAAGUCCAGAAAGUACUCAAGUUAUCAGCUGCAAUCACUCCGUCAGUACAUUUACUGUGAUUUUGUGGUAUCAGGUGCCAACAGGUGACUCUAAACUCGACCUCAUUGGAUAUAUUCAGUAUAAAAGGCCUGAUGUGGAGGAGAAACACAGACCGCACUUCAACAUAACCGGAGAUGGCUCGAAGAGAUCUGAACUUCAUGUGCUGAAACUCAGACAGGAGGAUGACAGCGGCGUGUUUUACUGUGCAGCGAGUACACAGUGA